AUGUCCAGGAUUGACCCUCAUAUGGUCACACAUGAAAAAUGCUUUAUUCGCGAGACGUCAGUAGACGUGCUGUUCGCCAUUGGGUCUGUUCACGGAGCUCCUCCUGCUCUGGCCUGGCCUGCCUCUGGCUCGAGGGUUGGGAAGUUUGCGCCAAACUGUAUUCGCCAUGUCGAUCCAGAGACCCCUGGUUUCAUUCGCACAGUCGGCGAGCUGGGUCUUGCCGUGGCAGCAUCUUUCGGUGCGUUCAUGGACGGUCCGGACUUGAUCGUCACCUAUUCUGUUGGAGAUGGUGAGGCGGCAGCUGGACCGAUAGCAUGGGCCUGGCGUGCGAUCAAGUAUCUGGACGCGGCUGAGUCUGGGUACAAACAUCCCGAUUUUACACUCUAUGGCAAGAUGACGAAAGGCCUCGUCAUGCCCUCGAGACCAAAGCCAGCAAAGAGAAGGGUCGCUUUUUGCGUUUUGCAAGAUUGGUUAGAGAGCUACAACAACGUCGAGCCAUCUACUGUUGCCGAAUCGCGUUCCUCGGCGAAGGAGCCCGAGAAGAACCGGAGAACCCGACAAGCUUCCGCAUCUUUCUCCCCCGAUAAACUGGAGAGCAGCAAAAUCGGUGCCUUGAUACGAACUGGUGCGGCUUGGUACAACAAGUCCGGGAGAAUCUUGAGUGGAAUCAGUACUCUCGAGCUCGGGGGCGGUCGGGUGAUUGAGGUUCCGUCGGCGCCUUGCUGCCAGGGAUCUAUGCAGGGAUAUAGCCUGACGGGACAAACUGCCGUCUUCCCCAGCCACGAGCCAUUUCUGGGCCUCGUUCACACAAUGAUUGUUCACCAUGGCAAAUUCUGCAGGAUGGCGCGGACGCUCCCCGUUGGAGAGGCAGUCUACAUUGCAUCAACUACGUCGAGACUACCUAAACUCUCGGGCUCGAGAGCCAGAGUGGCCAACGUUGGCGACUUGUUGGUCUUGGCAGCAGAAUCGCUUCAUCCGCAUGCACGGUGGCAGCCCGACUUUGUCAACGACAUGUUUUGCACUGAACAAGCCAGUCUGCUUCAGUUAUCACAGCUACGCGGCAGAGCGGCAGGGAAAAUUGCCCGGACCACACUUGGCGAGUUUGAAAAGGGCGAAGAUUUCCACACCAUCAACACUAGGCACUCCCGUACCAUGGCGGACUCGGUCGCUUCGAGCUUCAAAGCCAUACGUAUAAUUAGAUUACAUACACGGUGA